ACGCCAUCACUCGUCGUCACUUCCGCCCCACGUGAAACGCUCAUACAUGUGAGGAGCAGUGUCCACAUCCAUACAUAGCCGGUUUCUUCAUGUUUACAGGCCAGUAGAUCACAUAUUCUCAUCUUAUGAUUGUCGAUAGCAGGACCAUGGAGUCAGUAGAGGAGGAGGCGCUGCUCGGACAGGAGUCCGAGGAAGAAAACAGUGAAUUAUCAGACGAUGAACUUCAAGAAGCCUUUGCAAAGGGGUUGUUGAAACCUGGGAUGAAUGUUCUGGUGGAUAAACCCAAAAAGUUAGUCAACAAUGUGGAGGGUUUGAAACAGUGCCUUGCUGACUUCCGUAAAGACCUUCCCUGGGUGGAGAGGUUGGACCUGACCAACCCGCCGGCUGAAGACGUUCUUUCCAAAGUUGAAGGGAAAGUUCCAAGUCCAACCAAUGGAGAUGUCAAUGCGGAAGAUGAUUUCCAGAGGGAGAUGUUCUUCUACCGUCAAGCUCAAGCUACAGUCCUGGAGGCACUGCCCCUCUUAAACAAGCAUGGCAUAUCCACCAAGAGACCCGAUGAUUACUUUGCAGAGAUGGCCAAGUCAGACCAGCAAAUGCAGAAGAUCAGGAAAAAGCUGAUCUCAAAGCAGAUGAUACUGGAGAAGUCGGAGAAGGCGAAGAAACUGCGUGAGCAAAGGAAGUUUGGCAAAAAGGUCCAAAUAGAAGUGAUCCAGAAGAGACAGAAAGAGAAGAAAGCUAUGAUGUCUGCGGUAAAGAAAUACCAGAAAGGAAUGACUGACAAACUGGAUUUCUUGGAAGGAGACAAGAAGACGGGUAAAGACUCUUCUCAGGGUCCCAAGAAAGCGUUGAACAAGAAGGGCGCCAAUGCCAAAAGAAAAUACAAGGACCAGAAGUUUGGCUUUGGAGGCAAGAAGAGUGGAAAGAAGUGGAACACCAAGGAGAGCUUCAAUGAUGUGUCCAGUUUCCGUGCCAAAGUGGCUCAUGCAAAGGGCGGCAAAGGAGGGAAGAAAGGCAAAGGAGGACAAAAUAAACGCCCAGGCAAGUCUGUACGUAAGAAGAUGAAGUCUCGCUCGUAAAAACUGACAGAGGCUGGUCAAUAGGCUGGACUCGGACCUUGCUUCUAGGCAGGAUUUCCCACACCUGCUCCCCAGUCUCUCCUCCAUAUACAUCAGGAGACAUUUAGGAGACCGUAGGCUUUUCUUCUACGCCUUUUGUACAAUAUGUCUUCUGUAAAUGUGUCUGGAUUGAUAUGGAGGACCCUUCAAGCCACACACACAGAGAGAGAGAGAGAGACGUCCUGCCAUAUUGCUGAGGAAGGACAUGACUGGUGAAGAAAAGGUCUCCCUUUACAGAAAUGGUAAACCCAAGAGUGGACUACAUAGAGCUACCCAAACCACUAAGAGAGUAUUUGAAUGUUAUGAAAAUUAAUGUCUGUUGUUCUUUUAGUUGGUAUAGACCAGUGUUUAUGUUCUGUGGACAUAAUUGUCUCUCUAUAUACCUAUUUGAUAAAGUGGUUUUAAAGCAACUUUCUGUGAUUACACCUCAAUAUCUACACCAACCUCCUUGCCGUCUAAUUUACACUGCGUGCUCUUCUGAGUUUGGUGUAUUCUGUUUUAUUUUUUCGAGCUCCUUGACUCAUUGGUUCUCUCCCAUGUGACAUGACAUUUUAUAAUAUUGAGCAGCUGUUAGUUUUGCCCUUUCCCCAUUCAUUAAUAUGAUAAGUAUGUGAUGGACAAGUGUGCUUUGUAUAGACCUGUGCAAAUGUUUCCCCUGCAAGGGUUUUUCUUAGCUUGCGAAGAUGGAAAUGCAAAAGGGCAGCUUUUGGCGAUGACACCUGUUUGUAUGAUAAACAAAUAAAUCUGAACAUAGGUGCUCA